AUGGGUCCUAAAAUCGGUCUAAUACUUCUGGUAACGACCCUUACAGUGGUGAGGCGCAUGAAUGUCAAUGGGGUUUCGCUGCAAAUGGCACCUGUGUAUGCUCAUAGGUAUGCAAGAGAGCUACCAAACGACCUGACAGUGAAAGCUGCCUGGAAUGUUGGCUUGUCAGCGACAUCGCCAAUGUCGUUUCAGACAGCGAUAGCGGUAGGUGUGAGGAUAUCGUAUGCCUCAAUGGAGGCUAUUCCAAUGAUGGGACAGCGUUCUGCAACUGUCCAACGGGUUAUCUUGGACCUCAUUGUGAUCCCGGUAGUGAUGCUAUCACAAGCUCCGGCAUCUAUUUUUGCUAAACAGUCCACAUUCAAUCUGGUUAUCUACAACGCUUUUACCGAUUAUUGGGGCAAAGCAGGUCUGUCACCAAGUCAUCUCGAAAACAACAGCUAUACCCAGUACAAUAUGGCCGUAUACAAGGAAAGUAAUAAUCACAACGAUGAAUAUCCUAUACAGGAUGUUGAAGAAACCGAUAAAUACGCGUUUCUGGAACGCUUGGUAAACGAGACAGCAACGUAUCCAUCCACGUACGGCUGUAUGAAUCUGCCUUUCUACAAGCCCAUGUAUAACUUCAUAACAAGACUUCGCCUUCGUGACAGUGCAGUGACCGUGGUUACACAAUUUCCUCCUGCAGACGAUGAUGAGUACCAUGGGAAGCUUCAGGAACUCGCUGUAGCGUUCAAUAUACGGGUGGGUUGGCAGCAGUCAUCUUUGAUGGUGCACUAG